GACUGAGGACCGGGUCGAUCAGGUGUCAAAACAGAGGAAGGAUUCCUCCAGCACCUUCUGAGAAGCUCGGCGAUCAGAAUUCAGACAGGUGCGACACCAAGUUCGCAAGACAACCCGCCAUGACAUCAUUCUGCCCCGGGUUGCGCCGAGCAUUGAAUCACGUGCUGAGAUGCAUCACUAGCCAUCACUAGUACAGAGCCUUGGCUGUCACCGGACCCUUUUUCCAGCACUGUUCGAGUUCUCAAAGAGAAAACCCAGAGUCCGACGUCUCAGCCAUGAGAAGCACCCAGCCGAAGCGAGUCAAGGUCGCAAGUAGUUGGCCUGCGCAGUUUUGGGAAUCCAGCUGUGAAUAUUCGAUCCAGACGUGAUGCAGCACACAUACAGUUACACAUUGCUAUACCAUACAACAAGCACAAACCGCCUCACCUAGCAUCACACACAGAGAGACACAUAUACACAACGCAACAAUGACAACAACAACAACCACAACAACCCAACAUCACCCCCCCAAGCCCCCAUACAACCCCCUAAUCAACCCCGCCAACGCAACCCCCAUCUCCGCCAACAACCCCCUCCCCAACGACCGGCACAUCUUCCUCGCAAAGCCCUACUGCGGCGCCCUCCUCUUCGAGAACCAGACCUCGGACGCGCGCGACCACUGCGCCAACGAGCGCACCUUCCUCUCCUGGCUGCGCCUGGCCAUGUACCUGGGCGUCGUGGCGAUCGCGAUCAUCAUCUCCUUCCACUUCCAGACGCCGCCGACGGGGCUGGAGCGGCGCAUGGCGCUGCCGCUGGGGAUCGUGUUCUGGCUGCUCAGCCUGACGUGUUUGGUGACGGGGUUCGCGAACUAUAUCCGCACGGUCCGCAAGUACAGCCAGCAGGCGGCGCUGGUGCAGAGCGGAUGGAAGACCCAGGUGAUGUUUACGGUGGUCGGGACGGUGAUCUUGGGCUGUUGCGUGUUGUUCUUGGCGACGGAUGCGAAGACUUCCCGGUGAUUUUUUUGUCGGGAAUGGUUUGAGGGGAAAUGGGGGGGGAGGGGGUUGAGGUUGUGGGUGUUGUGGAUUAUGCACAAUCUCCAGUGCGCAGCCAAGAGGGAGGAGGAUAGGUAGGUGUAGGUCAAGGGCAAAGACUAACCGACUUAUGAUACGUACGACACAAGCGAGCGCCUUGAUAUUUUGUCAUUCUGAAGCAUCAAAAUCACAUAUUGGUGACUGCUUUGAUAAACUUGAGAAUCGAUUUCGAGCAUCGAAACGCUAGCCAUGUAGUUAUGAAAGAAAGGGGAAUAAAUG